GUCACGUGAUUAUCCCGUGACAACCCACCUCCUUUCUGCCCCCUUUUCGCGUUUCUGAGCCUUCUCCCUUCCCUGUUCCCUUCUUCGUCGUCGUUUCCGCUCCGUCAGAGAGAUAAGAUAGAUGGCGGCGCACCACGAUACCUCUGGCGGCCACCGGCCUCCAAGAAAAGCAAGACGGACGACGGAGCCGCUAGCAACAACGGGUCUUCCUACAUACCGACGGAGAGAGACUCGGGCCUCCAGUUCUCGGUCGUGUUCUCCAUGAAGGAGGAGAAGGGCGCUCUCGUGAAGGCCCUGGAACUGUGCAAGAAUCUGAGUGUAAACCUGACCCACAUCGAGUCGCGACCGUCGGUCAACAACGCAGGCAACGAGUACGAUUUCUUCAUGGACUGCAAGUGUGAAGCCAGUGUGAAGGAAGACUUUCUGUCUCAGCUUAAGUCUUUGGCUCUCUCAGUGAAAGUUUUGGCCAGAACUCCCAGCGAGGACGAAGUGCCAUGGUUUCCGAGACAUAUCCAAGAACUGGACAAGUUCGCAAACCGAGUCCUUUCGUAUGGAGCUGAGCUAGACUCUGACCACCCGGGUUUUACCGAUGAGGUUUACAAGGCAAGAAGAAAGGAGUUUGCAGAUAUUGCUUACAACUACAAGCAUGGUGAGCCUAUUCCACGGGUGGAGUAUACUGAGCAAGAGAAGGCUACCUGGCGUACAAUAUUCAGAGAACUGACAAAGCUGUAUCCGACGCACGCAUGCAAGGAAUUCAACCACGUCUUUCCACUGCUUAAAGAAAACUGUGGCUACAGCGAGGAUACCAUCCCACAGUUGCAAGUGGUGUCGGAUUUUCUGAAGAAGUGUACCGGAUUUACGCUGCGUCCUGUUGCAGGCCUCUUAUCGUCGCGUGAUUUCCUGACGGGGACUGGCGUUCAGAGUCUUCCAUUCGACGCAGUACAUCCGCCACUCCUCCAAACCAAUGUACACUCCGGAGCCGGACGUCUGCCACGAACUGCUGGGCCACGCGGCCCUCUUCUGCGACCCCAGUUUCGCCCAAUUCUCUCAGGAGAUAGGACUGGCUUGUCUCGGUGCUCCAGACGAAUACGUCGAGAAGCUUGCGUCUCUGUACUGGUUCACCAUAGAGUUUGGGCUGUGCAAACAGGAGGGAGAGGUGAAGGCUUACGGAGCUGGUCUCCUCUCUUCCUUUGGAGAACUACAGUAUUGUCUGAGUGACACUCCAGAAGUUCGUCCACUGCAUCCGUUCAAAACGGCCAUUCAGAAAUACCCAAUCACCGAGAUGCAGCCAGUUUACUUUCUCGCCGAUAGCUUCGCAGGCGGAAAGAAAAAGAUCAUGGAGUUUGCUCGCACCAUUCCGCGACCGUUUUCCGUCCGCUAUAACCCUUACACUCAGUCGAUCGAAGUGGUGAAAGACAAAGGCUCGAUGGACAAGGUGUUAAACGACAUUCGCUACGAACUCGACGUUCUACAGGACGCCAUUGGAAAGCAGGCUACCUGAAACGAAAAAGGAGAGGGAGACUAUAUAUAUAGAACAAAUCCUGUCAUUUUUUUUACUAAACUGGAAAAACAGCAGAAACUUAUUUGUAUUACACGUUCUUUAACUCUGUGUUUCAUGUGUACAUUUCAUAGCUUGUGUAGAAGUGUUUGCAGGUAAAACUAGUUUUUUUCUUUAAGGCAAUCUGAUACUUGCCCGCCAUUCGUCGGGGAAUUUGGGUCUGUCUACUGAUGUAUCAGCUGUGAAUAUCCCGUGCAGUGUCAUAGGUCACUGCAUGUAUGUAUCUACACAGCAAUGGGCCCUAAGGACCUGAACUAAGCUUACAUACAUAACUGCUUUGCAAUGAGAUAGUGUGAGUUGUACCUAAUAAUCUUGUGUCGAGUAAAAC